UGAACAAUAUGUACUUUUAAAAUAACAUUUUUCCUGUCAUUCAUUGUUAAACAAUUGGUCAUAAAUACACAACAUUAAAAUUAAAAAGUUUUAUUUCUUAAUAAAAUGCUGCUUAUAAAUCCUAAUCAAAAUUCCAAUAAAAACUCAUAUUGUCAACAACGCCUGCCAUCAAAACAAUUUAUUUUAGCACGUGCUGUUCUUUACCGGAUUUGCAUAUUAGUGACGUUUUUACAAUUUAUUCAUAUUGCGCAGACGCGUCGUCUACAGCCAUGUGAAUUUGCAGGUCAACUGUAUAUAUUGGACGUGCCCAAAACGGAAUUACCUUUGUGGUCGUGUAUAGCGGAAUACGAGAGUCGUUAUCAUACCGAUGCCAUUGGCAAACGUAAUUUAGAUGGUUCCUUUGAUUAUGGCAUAUUUCAAAUAAGCGAUAAAUAUUGGUGUCAACCACAAAAUAAAUCUCGUGAUUUAUUCUUUUCGGCUAAUGAGUGUAAUGUUAAUUGUACGGAUUUACUGUUGGAUGAUAUAACACAAGCGGUUCGAUGUGCUCGCAUUAUAUUGAAACAGCAGGGUUGGACGGCUUGGUCAGUGUAUGGAGAGUUUUGUAAUGAAACGUCGACGAGUUUAAGUGAUAUUGAAUAUUGUUUUGUGUAAGAUGGAAAUUGGAAAAGGAAAUAAAUGGAUUUUUUUGAAGAA